AGUCCUUCAACUGUUGAAGCGAAUGUCCACAGGAGCAGAUUUCCACACACAGCACAGCAGCUCAUCAUGGCUCUCUUCUCUUCUCUGACCCCUGUUAUUAUUGCACUGAUGUGCAUUUGCUUGGCUGCCCUGUGGAGUAGUAGGCGAAAAGCAAGGAGAGAUCGAAAAGUGGAAACCGAAGACAGAGUUAAUUCCAAACCCUGGACGGAUGAAGAUCUGCGAGAUGAGACAGAGCUCGCAGUGGACGAGAAGGCUGGGAGUUUUCUUGAUGAUGACCUUGAGGUGCAGCAUAUUCCAUAUUCACCACAGCGUUACUCAGAGGAUGAAAUGAUCCGCAGAGCCAAUGAGUUUUACCAUCUGAUGAAUGCACGAAGAAGUGUCCGCUUUAUCAGUGAAGAAGCAGUACCCAGGGAGGUGAUUGACAACAUUAUUAGGACAGCAGGUACUGCUCCAAGUGGAGCGCAUACAGAGCCCUGGACCUUUGUCGUCAUACAAGACCCAGAGACAAAGCAUCAAAUUCGUGAAAUAAUUGAGGAGGAAGAAGAGAUUAACUAUAUGAAGAGGAUGGGAAAGAAAUGGGUCUCUGACUUAAAAAAAAUGAGGACAAACUGGAUUAAAGACUACCUCGAUACUGCACCCUAUCUCAUCCUUGUAUUUAAACAAAUUUAUGGAAUCCUACCCGCUGGCAAGAAGACUCAUUAUUACAAUGAAAUCAGUGUUUCAAUUUCCUGUGGUAUUCUCCUGGCAGCUCUGCAGAAUGCUGGCCUUGUGACAGUCACUACAACUCCUCUGAAUUGUGGUCCUCGGGUGCGUGUUCUUCUUGGGCGCCCAGAGAAUGAAAAGCUGCUGCUGCUGUUGCCAGUUGGUUACCCAGCAAAAGAUGCUACUGUACCAGAUUUUAACCGCAAGCCACUGGAUGAGAUUAUGGUGUCUGUGUGACUUGAAGUGCGUUGAAAAUUCUGCAGACUGUUUCUAGCACUUUAGUAGUUGGAAUGUCUCAAUAUAAGCCUGCGAAGACAGGACUGCACCUUGACCAAUCUCAUGAUGUUGGAAAUCUAUGUCGCUUCAUCCAGAGUCCUAUUAUGGAGAAUUGAAGAGACCAUACCCAAAUUGCCAUGAUUUGGAAUAUUGAACAUCUUGUUCCAACUCCUAUUCUUGGGAUAUAGAACACUUUGUGAAUCCAAAUGCCUAAACCGUAUACUCAAUUUUUAAAAAAUAACCCAAAUCCCAAUAUUUCAAAAGUACUCAAACUCUCCAUAAUAGCACAACUUCCUUGAAGCUGUCAAAACUGAACCUGAAAUGUCACGAACCUUGUUCUGACUUCCACUAAGAGCAAAGCUGUGCAUAUCUGCUUGCAACACAGACUGGCAAUGGCAAUUUGCUGACCUGGGAGGUUACUCCAAAGGGAGAAAAAAGGCUUUAACCAAGACACAACCAGUGGAUCAUAAAUAACCAUAAUUAGUUAGAUAUAAAGGGAAAAGAGCUAAAGAGACUUGUAAACAAAGUAAUGAGGAAGUUCAUCUGCAGUCCUGUACCAUUUAACGCCAAGAUAUUUUCAACUGACCUGCACAACCACGUAUGAGAAGUGCCUCUAGUUACUCAAGCGCGGGGUCCCUAGUAUUGAAAGUGCAGUCUUUAGCACAGUAAGAGUUAAAAUCUCUUUGGCCAUGUGACUUUGUUAAUAUAUGCCACAAUUUUAUAAAGUCAGAGUCAUACAGCAUGGAAACAGACCCUUUGGUCCAACUCAUCCACACUGACCACAUUUCCCAAACUAAACUAAUCCCAUUUGCCUGAAUUUGGCCCAUAUCCUUCUAAGAUUGAUUGUUAUGAUUAGUCAACAACUUCAUUAUUCCUGUAACAUGCAAAUAUUAGGAUGGUAGAAGAUAAACUCACUGGACCGCACUCUUUUUUUAUCCAUAAAUUAUUAUGUCCCAUGUCACGUUUCUAAAAUUUUCCAGUUUGGGAGAGGAAUUUACUUCAUUUUAAUCUGUGCAGUAUUCUUGUACCUGUCCAAAUCCCUUUAAAAUGUUGUAACUGUACCUGCUUCUACAACUUCCUCUGGUAGUUCAUUCCAUGUAAGAACCACUGUGUGCCAAAAUUGCCCCUCAUAUCCCUUUUAAAUCUUUCUCCUCUCACCUUAAAAUUAUGCCCUCUAGAUGGAAUUCCCUGAUCCCAGGGAAAAGACCUUUGCUAUUCACCUUAUCUAUGUUACCCACAAUUCUAUAAACCUCAAUAAGGUCACCCCUCAAAUUCCUACACUCCAGUGAAAAAUGUCCCAGCUUAUCCAGCCUCUCCUUAUAACUCAAACCCUCUAAUCCCAGGCACAUCCUUGGAAAUCUUUUCUGCACUCUCGCCAAUUUAAUAAUAUCCUUGCAGUAGCAGUGCUGUAGCACAGUACUCCAAAAGUUGCCUCAUUAGCGUUCAGUACAAACUCAACAUGAUAUCUCAACUCCAAACUCAAUGGUCUGAGCAAUCCUAGGAUUGGAGGAACAUACUGACUCCCCCAUCUCAUCCCAUUAUUUCCACAUCACCCAAUCCCCUCAUAUUUCUUUCUCAUCCACAAACCCUUCCUGGUCUAUUUCCAGCACAUUGACUGGUUCCAUUUCUUUGCCUGAUUGCCAGUCAAACAGCCAAUUUUACUCCCAUCACCAUAAUAUUAAUGAAAAUUUAAAAAAUACUUUAAGGUGUAUCUGAAUUUUCUCUAACCACUCACAGUGACAUUUGGAUUAAUGUUUUAUACCUGCUGAUCACUGGACAAUCCUGACUCUGGCUGUGAAGUAUCAAGUCUGCCUGUGAUAUGAUCUGUGGUAGAGCAAAACUGCUCAUACUCAUGGUAAAAGAAAAAAUAAAGUUUGAAAAUUAGAAGUAACCCCUUUUGGGCAGAUAAGGAGAUUUUUGUGUGCUUCAGUGAGUUGGAACCUUGUCUCAGAAGGCAGUGGAUGUGGGGUCAUUGAAUAUUUUGAAGAUAGAGUUAGAUAGAUUUUUGUGAAGCAAUGGAAUCGAAAGGGUUACUGGGGACAGACAGGAAUGUGAAAUUUGAAACACAAACAGAUCAACAAUCAUCUUAUUAAAUGGCAGAGCAGGCUAAGGGCUCCUUCUUCCUAUAUAGGCUUAAAAGGAGAAGAAUGGUGAUUUGCACUAAACUGCACAAAUACCAUUUUCUAACUCGAUUGCAUUGUGAACCAACACUUUGAAGACAAUAGAAAAGUAAUUGGGAAGGGGUGCAAGAGGCAGUCAUGAAGAAUGGAUGUUCCUGUAAGGCAUUCGAGUCACAUAUUUCCUAACAAUAUAAAUAGUCUGAGAAAUGAGCAAUUUCUGUUCCCCCAGGCCAUUGAUUCACCUCAUAUCUGUAGCAUCAGUCCAGGAACUCUCCAUAUGCCAUGAUAAUAGAGUUUACUGGCAUGUUGUUACAAUACAGUUGAACACGAUUAUCAUUCAUUUAUCUGAGACCUUUCAUUUUGCAUUGUUGAUUUUCUUUCAGGUGAUUUCCAUUGAAAUUGAAUUGAUAAAAAUGAAUUCUAACAUGAAA